UGAUUCUCUGAGCAACACUAAGCAGGAUAAAAGCCGAAUUGCUGGCUUGAAUAAAAUUCUUCAUUAGAGAGUUUUCGUCAAGCUGCAUCCAUGAAGACUUGCGGGAGGCAUUCAUACUGGCAGCAGACAUCUGUUGUAAGACAGGUUGCUUUCACUCUAUUAGUAUUUUUGAUAAAUUUGCUUUCAGCACAUACAGACAAUUCUAGCGACAUUGCAAAGUUACAAACUGAGUGGCAUGGCCCAGGAACAACUCUGGAUCUAAAAGAAAUUAUUCUUGGCAGAUGUUACAACUAUAUCAGAACUAUCAACCCUGCACUAAAUUAUGUGAAUUGCACAAAUGUUUGGGAAGCAUUUCAAAAUGUAUUUGUUAAUAAAGACCCAUGUGACAUCAAGAAGGAAGACUACAGUGACUUCAUGGAACUGACUCGCCACCCUAUACCUUGUGGAAUGUCAGUUUUCUGGAGCAAAACAAACAAACUCGUUCAUGAUUAUGCAAGAGUAAUUGCUCAUUAUAUGACACUAGAACAAACCCUGUAUGGUUACUUGGCUGAUAAGUUGAAAUGGUGUGGAAAAAUUCAUGGUGAAGGAAUUGAUUACAAAUCCUGCCCUACACGGAAACAGUGCAGCAAUAACCCACUGAGCUCUUUUUGGAGUCAAGCUUCUAAAACUUUUGCAGGAGAAGCUUGCGGGAAUGUCACCUUGAUGCUGAAUGGAUCUGUAGGAGGAGGAGCAUUCAGAGAAGACAGCUUGCUAGCAACUGUUGAGAUUCCAAACCUAAAUAAAGACAAUGUCACUUUGGUACAAAUCUGGGUAAUGGAUGAUGUCACUGGCAUUGACAGGGAAUCAUGUGGACAAGGUUCAAUUGUGAGGUUAGAAAGCUUGUUAAAAGAAAAGCAAAUUCCAUACUCCUGUAUGGAUAACUACAGACCUGUGCAUUUCCUUCAGUGUGCAGAACAUCCAGACAGUCCAAGCUGUAAAUAAAACACUCCAGACACGGGCCACUGGAAAAAGAAAACUGAGAUACGAGUCAACAAGAAGACUUUUGGUUCUUUCUGUGACUGUAAUUAAACACAGGCAUAUUUACAGAUGAACUAGCAGUAAUUGUGUAUUUUGUCUUUUUUUUUUGGAGAGCUUUAUAUACCUUCUGAAAAAAAAGUAACUACUGUGUUUUCUCAUAGUAACAAAACAGUUUGCGCUUUCUUUUCUCAUAAUCAUUAAAACUUUAUGGCUUUCUGAAUGUACAUAAAACGUAUUACUUGGGAAAACCAAACACACGCAUGCAUAGUAUGUCUAUUAAAAAUCAGUACAUUCAGUGAAAUUAUGCAGGGGAAGAUUAUAUGUAUUCCGGAUCUAAAUAUAUGCAUGUAUAUUGCAAUUUUUGUCAGGCUAUAUAUGUUGUGACUGUCAUUUGUAUAAAUGCAAUCAAAAUAAAACUGAUAAAAACAAUACAUACCUGAGGUAAUAAGCUGCCCUUCUUUCAUUUUAUUAUAAAACAGGAGUAAACAUCCACAUCUGUAAUGCAGAGUGGUGGAUAAAAAUAUUUUAAAACUCACUUUUGCAACUCUUCUUUAACUGUAAACUUUGACUCUUAAAACUCAAUACAGAAAUGGAAGACUCAAGCACAUCUGGAGGAAGAUUUUUGCUGGGGGUGUGGUUAAGACCUAAUACCUUCUUACUACAUUACAGCAAUAGGGAGAUUGUACAAAUUCAGAAAAUGGAAGUAUUCAAGUGUUCCACCUUUCCUGUGUUUGUGCAGCAUCAGAACUGAUAUAGUUAAGUACUAAGGAAGUGCAGGGAGAAUUAAAACACAUGAGAUGCAUGAGGGGCCUCCUUUAUCAAAAACAUUUUCCAAUCCUCUUCUAUUUAAAUAUUUAGCAUUAAUAUGAUUUAGUCAUAACAGCUGUUAUUGAAAAAUUCAAAUCUACUACUUUGAUGCACAUACAGAAUAUAUCAUUUUUUAGGGAAAAAAAACAUGGUAAAGUAGGUUUUUAAAUGAUCUAAUGCCUUCCUUUUUGUCAGUACCUCGGGCAAGGUGUUUUAUAGUCACCCUCUAAUACUCAGCUUUCUGCAUCUACUGAUCACUGAAAUAUGUAAGCAAUAAUAAUAAUCAGGUAAAUGCCUAUAUAAGAGAAACUACAAUGUAUACAACAGAGCAGAUGGGUGGGACCUUAAAAUUGUUGAAGAAAUCUGUUCAGUCUGAUUACUGUGAUACCAAGCAAGCUAUGAUUCAAACACACACUCAUUGUUUAAGGAUGAGUUUCAAAAUAUGUUGAUUGUUAUAGUUGAUUUUUUAAAACAAGAAAUAUUGGUACUUACGUAUUAUUGCAACCACAUUUCAGAACUGGCAUACUCUGUUGUGUUUCUCAGAAAACAGGUUUGUUAAGCUUUAAAGGGGUGUGUAUGCAACUAAGUAGUGAUGUAUCCCUGACGGUUGGAGGCAGGGAGAGGAAAAAUCUUCAAAUGCUGGAACCGUGUUAGCCAUGUGUCAUUAUUUUGGUGAACGCCACCAUGUAACGCUGCAUCACAAAUACUGCCUUGCUGAUGACAACCUCAGCAAAGGGAGGUUGCUCAGGAAUAUUCAGUGAGACUUCUCAGGGUCAGAAACCAUCCCAAAAAAAGGUGCUUGCAAGAAAUUCUGACUAAGGGGACAGUGAUUCCUCAGAGAGUGAUGCCUUUCUCCACAUCCAGAUUCCUCGGACGGGGGUGUUAAAUGAUUAAAAAAUCAGCUGUACUGUGCAAAUUCUGUGGAUGUAAUAAAAGAACCGUUUGGUGUUUUCAGCCUU